GAAGGAGAGGGGCAAGCCCCAAAAACAGACAAACAAAAACCAAACAAAGCACACCUAGAAACAAAACAAAGGACAAAAACAAAAACAACUAGACUACUCUCUUGACACUUAUCUAGGCUAAGUCACUUCAUUAAGAUCCUCUAAUAAAAUAGCAUGAGAAUCCGUUGAGCUCGCCUCAAUAAGCUCGAAACUUUAAUCGAAAAAACACUCUCGAAUAUAAUCAAGGUAUUAGUCGUCUCAACAAGCUCGAAACUUUAAUCGAAAAAACAUACUCUCGAAUAUAAUCAAGGUAUUAGACCACUAGUUUCUAUAGAUUCAUAAACUAUUAUUUAUAAAAAAUACAAUUAGCAAAUUGAGAAAAAAAAAGAAAAAAAAAAUGAAAUUUCCAAUUUUUCACGUGUGCAUUCCACUUGGUUAACAAUUGUGACCCAUGGCUUACAACGUAAGGAAAAUCCGCAAAGCGAAGACCGUAUCCACGUAUAUCAACAACACAAAAACGUGGUUUCUUAGUUGUUACCCGCAUUACAUUAAAACAUCAAAUUACUAUUACUCAGUACCUUUCUCCUCCUACCAGGCUUCCACCACCAAGCCUCAACUUCUUCUCCCAGAUCUAUCGUUCUCUCUCCUCACUCCUUCACACCAAUAUUCAAACUUCCGAAAUUUUCCUGCAAUUUUCAAACACAUUUCCAUUUCAACUUCAUUGAUUCUUCCAUUGAAGUCGAAUUAUGUGGAGUUCGAUUGCUAAUUUGAAAGAAAACCUAAAUAAAAUUGCUCUUGAUGUCCACGAUGAUGACGACGAUGAAGAUGAACUUUCGAUCCAUGCUUACGAUUCUCCUUACUCUGAUCGAAGGCGUUCUCACAGUCUUGCUCAUUCCAAAUCGCCUUCUUAUUCUCCGAAUUUGUCAAAUGGAAAUGAUUCUCCUUACGUUUCUGAGAUUGAGCGGUAUAAAUCGGAGAUUAAGAAGCUUAGGGAUUCCGAGGCAGAAAUUAAGGCACUAUCAGUUAAUUAUGCAGCUUUGCUGAAAGAAAAAGAGGAUCAUAUAGUCAGACUGUAUCAAGAAAAUGGCUCGUUAAAACAAAAUCUGGAAGUAACAAAUGCUGCCCUGAGUACCGCCCGUAAUGAAGCCUCGAGAGCAUCAACAAGUAGUAUGGAUGUGCAGAAGGGAAGUGGAGAGCAAUCUCCUAGCCGGCAGAACAAGCAUGGAACCUCUGCUAGAAAUCGUUCUAGUGGGAAUCAGUGGCAAAAUGGUGUUGUUUCUAAACAGGAUGGGAUCAGCAAUGGUUUUUUACAUACAAAUCAAGCUGAUUCGGAUUCCAAAUAUUCAGAUUCCCGUCGUGAAAAGGAGCUUGCAGAUAUGUUAGAAGAGAAAAACAGACUUCUAGCUGCAAUGCAGAAGGAUCACGAGUUACAGGUGAAAAAAUUGGAAGCAGAAUUGGAAAAAGAUCGUGCAGAAUUGGCGAAUACAAAAGUCAAAUUGCAAGACGAAGUAAAGACGAGUGGUUCAUUAACAGAGAAGCUCAAGUUGUUGAAAUCGGGACAUAAUGAAACAUCAUUUGAGGUAAAUAAGCUGCGUCAAGAGGUGGACGAAAAAGAAUCGGAAAUUAAACGAUUACAAAUGGAACUUCGUAGAAGACAGAGUGAAGGAGCAAAUGAUACAGACGACCUGAGAAGAACAAUAUCAAGCCUGGAGAAGGAAAAUGUCGAGCUAAAGGCAGAGAAGAAAAAACUUGAAUCCACACUUAGUGAUACUACUGGAGCAGGGAAGCUGCAAUAUAGCAAUUUUAUUGAGGAUGGACAUGCAUUUACGAGCUUCCCUGGUGAAGCUGAAUUAGAGCAUUCCUUAAAACAGAUUGAGAAAGAACUUGAAGAAACACGUCGAGGAAGGGAUAAAGCCAAACAAGAGCUUGCUCGCCUAAAGCAACACUUAUUGGAUAAGGAAUUGGAAGAAUCAGAAAAGAUGGAUGAGGAUAGUAAAAUUAUUGAGGAGCUUCGACGGCAUGUUGAAUACCAAAAAGUAACAAUCUCAAAUUUGGAAAGAACUUUGGGGCAAGCUCGUGCAAGUCAGGAGGAGAUCAAGAUGAUGAAUGAUCAUGAACUACAACAGUCAAAGGAAAUAAUUGAGGACUUGAAGAAGAAGCUUGGUAGCUUCAUGGGUGUCAUUGAUGCCAAAAAUACAGAAAUUUUGAACUUGCAAACUGCUCUUGGACAAUACUAUGCUGAAAUUGAAGCAAAGGAGCGUUUGGAAGGUGACCUAUCGCUAUCCAGAGAGGAGUGUUCAAAGCUUUCACAACUUCUGCAGGAAUCACAACAGCAAGUUGAAGCAUCAAACAAGGAGAAGGAAGAAAUUUUAGCCAAGCUUGCCCAAGCAGACAAAUCAGUAGCAGAAUGGAAGAAUAGGGUAAAUAAGCUUGAGGAGGACAAUGCAAAACUCCGUCGUGCGCUAGAGCAAAGCAUGACAAGGCUCAAUAGGAUGUCAGUGGAUUCUGAUUUUCUUGUCGACAGGCGCAUUGUCAUCAAGUUGCUUGUGACAUACUUCCAGAGAAACCACAGCAAAGAGGUACUUGAUCUAAUGGUUCGCAUGCUGGGAUUUUCAGACGAGGAUAAGCAGCGAAUAGGCGCUGCUCAGCAAGGUGGAAAAGGUGUAGUUCGUGGUGUUUUGGGUUUGCCUGGCCGCUUUGUUGGUGGCUUUAUGGGUGGAGGUUCUGCAGGGACACCUGCAAAUAUGGCUUCAGAAAAUCAGUCUUUUGCGGAUCUAUGGGUUGAUUAUCUUCUUAAACAAUCUGAAGAGAGAGAAAAGAGAGAGUCCGCAGAAUCCACUGAAGUAUCAAAGGGAGAUGUUAGUGGUAGCAGUUCAAGCACCCCAACUGCUCCUCCAGCUUUGCCUGACCGAAGAGCAAUUUCUAGUGGACGUCCUCCUAUCUUUUCUACCACAAAUCCAUCUAUUGAUACAUCAAGAUCGUCACAUUCCUAUCAGAGCUCUAAACCUUAUGACCUUCCUGCUGCUGAGUUUUCCACAGUUCCUCUUACACCCUCAGGCAAGCAGUUCUCAUAGUUUGAGGCUCUUACUUGAAUACAGUUAUACAAAGGUCGUGUAAUUAGCCAAAGGUAGAAGUUUUUGUUUUCUUAUAUUUGUGGUUUUGUUCUUGUAAUGUUUUAUUCAUUUAUAUAUUGAUUCAAUUGCAAAUAUGAUCCUCAAUAUUCCAUUUAGAUGAUAGAGCGAAACAUCAAAUUGUUACUUGUCAUAGAAUUUUAUUUAUUACCCCAAUAAGUCGUAUUGAACGGUUAUCCCAUGUAUACAAUCUGCAUUCUCAGAC